AUGGCUGGGAUUGGUAUAACAGAUCUUAUAGUUCUUGAGAUGUCAAAACAGGGUCGUGCAAUUUUUGCCAGUGGAAGUCCAUUUGACCCUGUAGACUACAAGGGGAAAGUUUACACAGCUGGCCAGGCGAACAAUGCUUAUAUUUUCCCUGUGUUUGACUUUGGCUUGGUCAUCUCUGAUGCGAUUCGUGUCCAUGAUGAAAUGCCUCUUGCAACGGAUGUCUCCAUUGAAACAACGGAAGCUUUGGCUGGUCAAGUAAUGGAGGAGCAUUUAGCUAAGGGCAUGAUUUACCCUCCAUUCACUAAUAUCAGAAAGAUCUCUGCUCACAUUGCUACUAAGGUAGCUGCUAAAGCAUAUGAACUUGGUGAGUACAUAUUUUCUUUUCCCUAUUUUUGUUCCAAGCUACUUGCCAAGACAUGA